CCACCCGAUCCCGUUAGUCGCCUCUUACGACAGUCAUAGUCGCCUCUUACGGUAAGUAUUGGUUGCUGAAGACCGAUUUCAAUACGUUUCCAUACACAUUUGCAUUGAAUCGAUAUGUGAAUCAGUGAAGCAUCUCUUUACAUAUGCUUUGAAAAGGUCCUUAGAUGACACUGACUUCAGUCGUUGAUGAGUGCGAGAAAGAUGCUGGUGGCUCUGAUAAUCCUUACGGGUACCUACACAUCAGCCUUUAUUGGAACUGGACGAGGAACUAAAAGAACAAACAUGGCAGACGUUUCAGUAAAUAUGAAUAUCCUAACUGAAAUUUCAAACGUUUUUAGUGGCGUCCGAUGCGUUGAUCUCUGUCUCCAGAAUGAGGCGUGUGUGUCUGUAUUCUACAGACGGCAACACCGGCGGUGUCAGCUCCACGACGUGUUGUUCAUGUCGCCGCAGGACGGAGAACAAGAGACGGGAACAGUGUACUACAGCGUCACAACAGGUGAUUGUCCAUCUGGCUACGUCCACAACCGUCUCCUCAACUUCUGUUACCAGCUUUAUCAGGAGAAGAUGACGUACGACAAAGGUCUUGCUGACUGUAAAUCCAGAGGAGAACACUUUGUUGUUAUUGACAGUGAGGCCAAGCAGAACCACGUCGUCAAGCAGAUCAACUCGUCAUCAGACACUAGGCCUUGCAAUUACUACUUCGAUGGGUCGGACGCAGCAAAUGAAGGACACUGGGUAUUUCAUGAUGGCCGUAAUAUGACGUACCUUCCCUGGGCUCCGGGCUUUCCCCAUGGGAACGAAAAGAGGGACUACAUUAUGGCUGUUCGUGGUCAUAGCUUUCGAUGGUAUAAUGCAAUUAGGGGGGCAUUUAAGCAAUGUUACCUAUGUGAAAGGGAUGUGUGACAUGAUGUGAGCAGUUUUGCAGCCGUGGACAUUAAAACGCCUCUCAAAAUGUGAUUAUGACAGAGCUAUAGAUAAGCUUGUGGUUAUUUGGGUAUUUUACCCAGGGAUUUAAUUUUGAUUGAGUAUCCACAAGUUUGAAAGGGUAUUCAAAUUUUUUACCCUCCUGUUUCUUGACAUUUGGCUAUUUAACUUUAAACCUAUUUCGUAACAAUCCUUGUAAAUCAUUUAAAACUAUGUGAAUGGUAGAAAAGUCAUCUGCGUCUGUUUGCGGCUCCCGGAAGCUCUUUUGUUUACAACCUAGCUUUGUAUUUGUUGUUUGUUGUUUAACGCCGCACUCAGCAAUAUUCCAGCUAUAUGACGGCUAGCUUUGUAAGAAAGACACCUUUGU